GCAGGUCCGGAGACAGUUUGCGGUAUGAAAUCGAGACUGGUUCGGCGUGGUCCUCUGACGCCGGGUCCUUGAGAGGAGCCUCCGAGGCGUCGCGUUAUAGAAGCGCGAAGUGUCGGUUGCAUGCUCUCUCUCUCUUGCUCUCUCACUCUGUCAAUCCUCAUCUCACUUGCCGCGGUAACUGCGACGAGGUGUUUCGUUUCCUUGGUUUGUUGUUGGUCUGUUUGUUUAUCCGAUCAUCUUUGCCGCGGGAAGAAAUCAAAGGGAUAGUAUUACCGUUAAAUGUGCCGUUGAUCGCGAUGUUCGGCUGAACCAACGAGGAAAUCGGAGCAACAGAAGUACCAAGAAGGAUAAGAAAAGGAAGAAGAAGUGACCGAAAUGAUGGUCAGUUUUUCCUCGGUUGGUAGCGAGGAGCUCUCGAUUUACGUGGAGGAGUGACCGUGGUCGGUUGGACAGUUGGAGUUUGGCGGAAACUGCGUCUCGAUGGAAGAAUAGAGGAGCGCUGGUGGUCGAGUGCCAAAGAGAUCGCGGAGGAAGGAGAAGAGUCGAGAAGAUAGUACAAAAUUAAGGAACCAAGCCGCAAAUGGGCGAGCCGGCGUCUGGCCCACCGCCGCAGUCCAACGGUGGUGUUAAGCAAAAACCAACCAGUCUUAAUCUAGGUUUGGGUCCGUUUUAUCGGGGCGACAACGCCCGCGGCACGGCGCAAACGACAAUAACCAAUGAUCGCAACCUCCGGCACAUCACCGGGAACAACCGUUCCUCUCGUACAAUAUCCGUUUCUAAUUCGGGAGAGCAGUUACCCGCCGUUGGUAACACCUCGGGAACCCAGGGACAUCAUCAUCAGCAGCAGCUCGCAUCCUCCCGGCUUCCAUCCGCUACCGGCAUUCCUCCUUGGGGUCUCUCCGAGGAGUCCGAAACCCUCCUCGAGCCCCAUCCUCCGCCACCACCAGCCCCGUCAGCUCACACCCCAACGUCCCGUAGCGGAAGAGCCGGUCCGAUCGGUCUCCGAAACGGCGGAUUGCCCGCGGCUUCGUCGACCGGUCAGCUGCCCGCCCGGAGUCCGAAUCACGGUAACUACAAUGGGCACGGGUUCUCGCUCUACACACCACCAGCCCCGAUUCCCGGCACAGGAUCAUCCUCGUCUUCGUCAGGCGCAAGCAAAGUUCGCGGCCUUUCCAACGGCCUACCAAAUUCAUCAGCGAGACGUCCUUCUACUAUUCCCGUAUCCGCUUUCUGCCACGGAGUCGGGUUCCAGUUCGGUGAGCCACCACCACCAUCCGCACCAGCCAGGGCCUCUUCUCCGUCAGCACCAGUUUCUCGGCUAUCAGCCGCACCGGCAAACGGACAUGCAGGCACCGUUUCUCCAAGUCCAUGUCAGGCCGCCAACACCGAGCCAGUACUUCGCCGACCGCACUCGACAGUUUCAGGCAAUGCCGCUCUUGCCGCCCUCGGUUAUUCCCGGGACUUCGAAUCCGCCGGUGGCGUUUCCAUGGCCGGGGCAAGCCUCGUCUCGUCAUCGUCAAGCUCUUCCGCACCAUCGUCGCAGUCCUUCUCCAGGCACGUUAUGCCACCAAGCGCAAUGUGGAACGGUCAGCUGCUUCAUCAGCCCCUGCCUCGACGGCCCCACAGCAUCGCCGCAACUCCAACAACCGCCGGUCCAGCUUCUUCCUCUGUUCUAUCUCUCGCCCCAGCACCACCGGCCAAUUCAUCAUCAGCUCGUACACCGGGAGAGCCAAUUCAGUGGGGUCCGUCAGGCAUGGUCCUCCACCAGCCCGUGCCUCGUCGGCCUUUUGCAGCCGUCCAGCCUCCGGCCCAACCCCAGCCUCCGACACCGACAACGUCCCUGAGUGUGCUCGGUAAUCCGGGCAACUCGAACACCUGGAGUGCCGGGGGUUCCCACAGGCCGAGACCUCACAGCAUCGCGACCACUCCUCAAGGCUCGGCCAUGGCCCCAGCUUCGCCCUCCGACUCCGGUUACCGGUCGCUUCCCUCCGCCUCGAGCGAUUAUCAACUGCUCAAGUCGCCCUCUCAGACCCAGACGAACUUUGCUCAAGGUCAGCAGAACCAGAGCGCCGCCCGACGACUCUCGCUUCCGUCGGCUCAGACUCUUCUUCGCGUCACCGCCCCAAAACCGAGUCCCACUUUUCACGGUUUACCCUUCAGGCCGUUCACCUGCGGCCUCUCGCCUAACGGCAAUCCCAUAUUUCUCGGCUGCACUCAUCUUCACGGUCCCGCUAACAGGGUGGCCACUCCUGUUACCAGCCCCGCUAAAUCGCUCACCACUUCUCAGGCCAUUCAACAACUCCUUGCUCAGCCGAGAAAUGGAUUUAAGAUUGUUGACGAUAAGGUUUCACUCUUCAUUGAGAUUCUUGACACUCAGGAACGCUUUGCCAAGGUAUGGAAUAUAUUUCUAAUCGAAGGUGAUGACGAUGAUGAUUGUGACGAUGCUUACCGUUCUACUUUAAAAUGUUUUAAUAAAAAACACUUUCGUCGAUCCUCCGCGAAACUGUCCAAAUCGCUGGUUCCGAGACCAACUGUUAUUAACUUCUCAGCGUGCAUUACCGACAAUGAAACCCGUUAUUCAUAUCGCUGUAGCUGAUAAGCCUCAAUUAGCAUUCGUUCGGCAUUCCUUAUCGUACCAAUUUCGCUUGUAGUCUUCACUUAUUUCGUUGAUAAAAAACCGCGCUAUCAUUACCCGUUCAUUUGCAUGUUUAUCGCUUGCUAAGUGCACAAGAAUUGACCCAUAUAAUGAAUAUUAUACUUUAAAUCGGA